AUGAAGAGACGAAAUCCAAGACAGCCUCGAAAUAUUGGUGUCAAAAAGUCUUCUCCGUGGUCAGCCUUUCAAUUCAAAAACACUCGUUUUGUUUAUUCCUUCGGGUGUUGUGUUUCGGUACUGGCUAUCAAGACCUUGGGUGGACUCACGUAUAUCCAUCACAACAGUUUGGCGCUGCGCUUGUUCGAGGUAUUUUUAUUCUUGAGCGCGCCUUUUGUGUGCUUGUUGGUGUUUACCAAUCAUUUUUUGAUCAAAGAAAAGUUCUUUGUGGAAAACAAGCGGUCCGUCGAGAAGCCAACUGUGUUCUUCUUGCACGAGGAGCUCAAGACCAGGAGAGGGAGCUUCUAG